GACGCCAAAGUCCCUGGAAGAGCAGAUGAAAGCAGCUUUGCACACUAAAGAAGAAGUGCCUCCUAUAUAUUGUAAGGAUAAGGAUAUAUAUAUAUAUAUAUAUCACUCUUUUACACUCCAAUUUAUAUAGAUCAUCAUUUGAACGGUUCAAAAGAAAAGGGCAGCUCUCUCUCGCCUGCUGUCUUCGACAAGGCUAGUUUUCAGUUUUCUAGCACUUCAGAAUGGGUAAGGAAAAGGUUCAUAUCAACAUUGUGGUCAUUGGUCACGUCGACUCUGGAAAGUCGACUACUACUGGUCACUUGAUCUACAAGCUUGGAGGAAUUGACAAGCGUGUGAUUGAGAGGUUUGAGAAAGAAGCUGCUGAAAUGAACAAGAGGUCAUUCAAGUAUGCUUGGGUGCUUGACAAGCUCAAGGCUGAGCGUGAACGUGGUAUCACCAUUGAUAUUGCCUUGUGGAAGUUUGAGACCACAAAGUACUACUGCACUGUCAUUGAUGCUCCUGGACAUCGUGACUUUAUCAAGAACAUGAUUACUGGUACUUCUCAGGCUGAUUGUGCUGUCCUUAUCAUUGACUCCACCACUGGUGGUUUUGAAGCUGGUAUUUCUAAGGACGGUCAGACCCGUGAGCACGCGUUGCUUGCUUUCACCCUUGGUGUGAGGCAAAUGAUUUGCUGCUGCAACAAGAUGGAUGCCACCACUCCCAAGUACUCCAAGGCACGUUAUGAUGAAAUUGUGAAGGAAGUGUCUUCCUACUUGAAGAAGGUCGGAUACAAUCCUGACAAAAUAAACUUUGUCCCUAUCUCUGGAUUUGAGGGAGACAACAUGAUUGAGAGGUCUACCAAUCUUGACUGGUACAAGGGCCCAACCCUCCUUGAGGCUCUUGACCAGGUCCAGGAGCCCAAGAGGCCUUCAGACAAGCCACUCCGUCUCCCACUUCAGGAUGUGUACAAGAUUGGUGGCAUUGGAACCGUCCCUGUGGGACGUGUUGAAACAGGUGUUCUCAAGCCUGGUAUGGUUGUGACCUUUGGUCCAACUGGUCUGACAACUGAAGUUAAGUCUGUUGAGAUGCACCAUGAAGCUCUUCAAGAGGCACUUCCUGGUGACAAUGUUGGUUUCAAUGUGAAGAACGUUGCUGUGAAGGAUCUCAAGCGUGGUUUUGUUGCUUCCAACUCCAAGGAUGACCCAGCCAAGGGAGCUUCCAGCUUUACCUCCCAGGUCAUCAUCAUGAACCACCCAGGCCAAAUUGGCAAUGGAUAUGCCCCCGUCCUUGAUUGCCACACUUCUCACAUUGCUGUCAAGUUCUCUGAGAUCUUGACCAAGAUUGACAGGCGAUCUGGCAAGGAGCUUGAGAAGGAGCCCAAGUUCUUGAAGAAUGGUGAUGCGGGUUUGGUCAAGAUGAUUCCCUCCAAGCCCAUGGUUGUUGAAACUUUCUCAGAGUACCCUCCCCUUGGUCGUUUUGCUGUUAGGGACAUGCGCCAAACUGUUGCUGUUGGUGUUAUCAAGGCUGUUGACAAGAAGGAUCCUACUGGUGCCAAAGUCACCAAGGCUGCUGCUAAGAAGGGUGCCAAAUGAACCGUGCAGGUUCAUGCUGGCCCGCCGUCAAAUGAAAUCUACUACCACAAUAAAUCGUGUCAUGCAAACUUUUCAAGUGCUGCUUCAGUAGUUUUGUCUAUGUUUUAUUUGUUGUGUCGUAGUUUUCUGCCCUGUAUACUGGCUAGCCUCUGUCAGAAUUGGGUGCUUGACAGACGGUGGCAGAUGCUACAGAACUAAUUCUUUGUGAUUUCUGCUUUUGGAUGUUUGUGGUUUGAGGUGCUUUGGAAUUAUUACUAUAAUUCCAGGCAGUUCAAAAGUAAUACAAUGUUACAGUAAUAUAUAAAUAAA